UAGAUCGCGUUGCGUACGCGCACGCUACGGACUCCUGCGCCGCGCCGUUCAAACAAGGAUCCAUGGAUCAUUCUUAAUUCAAAAAAGAAAUCCCUUUCAAGAACUUUUAGUGUUUUAUAAAUUGAAAUGGGACCGUGAUUAUUUUUUGAAAGAAAGUGAAUUGGAAUUUUGAAUUUCUUGUUUGUUUGUCUGUUUGUUAGUUUUUUUUUGUGAAGAUGCGGUGUUUUGCAGUGUGCAUGCUUCUCAUUGUGACCUUGUGUCCAGGUACUUAUGGAUACUUAAGUGAUGAUAUGAAAGAAGCCAUUCAGCUGUGCUGCAACGAAGGUGCUGGUUUCGCGAGGAACCAUACCUUGGAAGCCUGCCAGGGAUCCCUCUCAACACCACCUGAGGUUCCACCUGAAUUCGGAGCCAUGUGCGUCAUAGCUAAGGCUCAAUGCUGCAAGGAAUAUUUCCGGAAACAGGUGGACUGUGCAGCUGGUGCCGACAUAUCAACGGGCGGGAGUAGUUGCGACUCUGCCAAAGCUGAAAGUAAGUUAUGCUGCAAUGAAUGUGCGAAAGGAACAAAACUAGGAUCCUCUAAGGGUCCAGAGGCCUGUGUGAAAGCCAAGAAAGGGAUCAGUCCAGAACAGCUGCUAGCUGAUGAUGCCUUCUUGGAGUGCUGUAAGAAAGCUGCUAAAAACUGGAAGGGCGAUUCACCUCGGAGGAGUUCAAAUUAUAUUACACUAUCCACUCUCCCGUCAUUAUGUGAAGAGUACGCGCCCAAUGAACUGUGUGCACAUCAUUGCCUACCCGUCCCAGGCUCCUAUAAGUGCAAGUGUAACCCUGGCUUUAUGCUGAUGGCUGAUGGGAAAAAUUGUAUGGAGGUGACAAAAAAUCGAUGCAAGCCUCGAAAUGACUGCCAACACAAGUGCAACGACGACGGCAAGAGAGUUACAUGCUCCUGCAGGCGAGGAUACGAGCUGAUGGCCGACGGGAAGUCCUGUCAAGAUAUAGAUGAAUGCAAACUAGAAGUACCAGUGUGCUUACCAGGGACUCAGUGCCAUAAUGUCCAGGGUUCAUACAAGUGUAUACCGUUGAAGAAGCAUAAUGUGGAGAAGGGUCAAUGCCCUCUAGGAUUCUCAAGAAAUAUUGACAAUCAUGCGUGUGAUGACAUAAACGAAUGCCUUCUCCCCAACCCGCCGUGCCCGGCCUACCUCUGUGAGAACACGAUUGGGGGCUACAAAUGCGGUGGGGUCACCGGCGACCCCAUCAACUUGAACACCUCCCCCAGACCUAUGAUCGAGGAUAGAUGUCCUCCCGGAUUCAAAAUUGGGGUUCAUGGAGAUUGUGAAGAUGUCGACGAGUGUGAGGCUCACCAACACGACUGCAACCCCUUAUCCCAGUUCUGUAUCAACACGCAUUCAUCCUUCUAUUGCCAGGACAAGGCCUCCAAGCACUGCCCUCCUGGCUUCAAGAUCGAUAUCUCGACUAAUAAAUGUGAAGAUAUAAACGAAUGUGAAGACGGUGGCGACCUCUGUCGGCACGAUCAAGUGUGUGUCAAUCAACUGGGACAGUACGACUGCAAAACUAAAGAGGACCCAAGAGUAAGUUCAACUCGUUGUCCUGAUGGUAUGCGAAAAAAACCGGGAAAUCUUUAUUGUGAAGACAUCGACGAAUGUGUGGAAGGCACCCACUUGUGCGACCAGCACCAGAGCUGCCUGAACACGAACGGCAGUUACGAGUGCCACUGCAAGCUCGGGUAUGAACACGAUCCCAUGACAGGAGCCUGCAUUGACGUGAACGAGUGCGCUACAGGCCAGCACGAGUGUAUCCCACAAGCCCAGCGCUGCGACAACACCGUGGGCUCCUACCUCUGCGUCAGGAUCACCUCUUGCGGCACAGGAUAUGUCCUGCAUCACUCCACUGGGAAGUGCGAAGAUAUCAACGAGUGCGCCCUAGACGCAAACUACUGCGGUAAAGACUACAAAUGUAUUAACAUCCGGGGAUCGUUCCGUUGUGUUCGCAAGCAGCCUUCCACCACAUCUACAACGACGUUACCACCGGAGGCCUACGAAGAAUACGAGUACUACGAUUCAGAGGAAGAGGUCGAAGGCAACACAACGGUAGCAGCACCGCCAAAGAAACCAUCAACCACAACAACAUUAACUCCAAAACCUGAAACUCCUACAACGUCCAGCACAACCACCGAACAACCAAAGCAACCCGAGCCACAACCAGAAGACAAUAACGUAGAACCACCAACAACAGUCAAAAUAAACAAGGAAGAAAAGGAAAACAUUCCCAAAAACCAACCUGACGUAACAUACUCAAACCCAAGGUUCCAACCAAGACCCACAGAGUCUUCACCAACAGACCCGCAACCAUCGCCAACCAACGAACCGGAACAACCAGAAAUAGUAACCUUACCAACCGAACCGCAACCUCGCCAACCAGAAGUAACUUAUAAUCCAAAACCACCAGAAUACAUACCUGAAGCAGAGCUCCCGAAACAACCUGAAGAGGAACCCCGACAACCAGAGCCUACGUACCCACCACCUACGGAACCAACCAACGAAUCCAUACAACCUGAAAGACAACCAGAAACUACAUAUAGUUCGGAACCAACCUCUUCAGAAAGACCAAGUCCUACACCGCCUUAUCAAGUUAACGUUGAUGUUGGAAGAGAAACAGCUACUGUGGAAGGAGAAAAGAAACCAGAUGGCUCUGUGGUGGUCGACACGAACUCUCUUCCGAAGAAUCAGUGGACGAAAAUCAAUACUCGACCCUCAGAUUGUCCGUUAGGUUUUGAGGCUGAUGAAUAUGGGUCUUGCUUUGAUAUCGACGAAUGCGCCACCAACCGCCACAGCUGUUCUGGUCUAACGGAAGUCUGUAGGAACACCGUCGGCGGCUACACCUGCAGCUGCGCGCCCGGCUUCCGAAGGGACCUGGUCACGAAGGCCUGUGACGUCAUCACUACGUCAUCUACCACCACAACUACGACCACUCGCAAAUCUCUGUUCUGGGGAUACCCUGAAUACAAGGUGACAGCAAGACCAUUCCGUCCACGAAACUUGUGUGAUGCUGGGUACCAUCAUAACGCGAGAACUGGACAGUGUGAAGACGUAAACGAAUGUACAAACGGACAAGCGAACUGUGCAGCAGUUGAGAUAUGUAUUAACACGGAGGGAGGCUUCCGAUGCGAAUGCCCUCCGAACUGGAGGCUCGAUGAGGUCAGGCAUCGCUGUGUCCGGAUAAAGAACAAUGGAAAAUUCCCCACAGGAUACGGAAACCAGCCCACCUAUCCUACUGUGCCUCUGAAACCUGUAGUCCACACACCAGUCAUCACCUUCGAUCCUGAAAUAACGCAGAUUGAAGAUCGAGGCUCUGUAUUCCGUUGCCCAGCAGGAUACAGCCUUGGAGAUGAUAAUACUUGCGUUGAUGUAAACGAGUGUAUCACAGGCGAAGCGAAGUGCGGUCCUCAACAGAUCUGCGCCAACCUCCCUGGAGGCUACUCCUGCAACUGUCCCAGCGGACAUCGACUCAUUGGAGACCAUGAAUGCGAGGAUGUUGAUGAAUGUGCCCUCGCUGGUAAAGUGCCUGUCUGCUCACAAAACGCAGAUUGUGUGAAUACGAUAGGAUCAUACCAAUGCAAGUGCCACACUGGAUUCCGAUCAGCACCUGUCAACGACAAGGUUUGUGUAGAUGUGGAUGAGUGCAUGGAGUCGCGGUCAGGGUCUCUCUGCCAGCACAGAUGUAACAAUGUCUGGGGGUCCUACCGGUGUUCCUGCCAUAGAGGGUACCGCCUCAAUUUAGACAACAGCACUUGCUCUGAUGUGGACGAAUGUGAAGAGUUUAAGUCUAAGAUACCAUGCGUUGGCAAAUGUUUGAACGAGCCCGGAAGCUACCGAUGCGCCUGCCCGCAGGGUUACCGGCUUUCAGAGGAUAAGAGGAGCUGUAUUGAUAUCGAUGAAUGCGAGACCGGCGAGGCGCAGUGUGCAUCCUCGAGCGAGUCGCGCACCGCGAGUGACGUGUGCGUCAACACGCGCGGCAGCUACCGGUGCCAGCGGGUCGCCUGCCCGCCAGGAUACCAGCUCGAGAAUAAGCACCGCUGCAACAAAGUGGAACGUGUCUGUCAGGCUGGCGACUGGAAGUGCGCGCAGCAGCCGACCACCAUCUCAUACAACUUCAUCACAUUCGUCUCUAACCUUUAUAUCCCUGACUCCAAGCUGAAAUUAUUCACAAUGCGUGGCCCAGUCUGGCCCUUCGCGAAGAUGAGGUUCGUCCUCCGGAUUGUGGACGUCAACGCCCCACCAAACAUCAAGAGGAAAGCUGAUAUCUCUGAUUUCUUAUUAACACAAAACAACAACGAAGGCCUCACAUCUCUCGUACGACCAUUAGAAGGACCACAGAGUAUAGAAUUGGAGAUGUCUAUGGAACUAUACACUCACGAGCAAUUUGGUGGAACGGCAAUCGCGAAACUCUUCAUAUACGUAUCUGAAUACGAGUUCUAAGUAAACGUGUAUUGGCGAGCAAAAAUAAUCGACCAGUAUUUUUAUGUUACAUUUACAGGUUUUUUUCCUUUGUUAUUUGUGUUACAUUAAGGUAAAAGACUUAGGUAUUUAAAGUUAUGUAAAGGUUAAAUACAGUGUCUGGAGUAUGAGCUUUUUAAAGAUAUUGUUGCUGCCCAUUCAGCCAAGUGACAUUUCAAAACUCUCCAAUGUAUGAAGUUGAUAGGUCAAGAUCACAUGACUUAUUUAAACGAAAUAUCAUUUUCACACAUUUGAGGAUCAUUUAGCGUCAUUUUUUUUCUGUUUUAAAAUGUCUCCCGUAGUAAUGAGAUUAAUCAUUGUAAGUAUCGUGGGAGGUUUCACAAACAUAGAAAUAGCGCACAGACGCCCAGACUCAGAACAAGCAUUCGUGGAGCACACAAAUACUUGUCCUACGUGAGGAUCGGACUCGCGACACGACGCUUACAGAGGGCUUGGCGUUGUCAAAGAUUGUAGAAAUUUGCUUUCGCUGGAGAGCCUGUUGUGGAAGCGAGACCCUGAGUUUACAGGGUUGUGCCAUCUCGCUUCCACCUUAGCUCAGAUCAUGUUACGCGCGCAAAAAACAUCACAAAUUUGCUCGCCAUUUAAAAUGUAUUUUUAACUGCAUUCUGUGAAUUCAGUAUUGUUUUGUUUUAG